AUGGAUACACAUGUCAGGAAAAUGGCACAAUUGCUGGACAAUGAUCAGUUUUUGGAAAAAGUCGGUGUGACCACAAAAUCCAGUGUACAGAGUGAUCAUCCACCAUGGCAAGAUUUUACUCUGUCUGAUCUAGGACCGGAUAACGGAUUGCUGGUAAUGCAUAUUAACGAGACACAAGAUCUCCUGAAAGUAGAAAUGAAGAAAAUACAGUCAGAAAAGGUACAAACCACAGAAGAAUGGCUAAGAAACUACAGUUUAGAAUCCUUGAAAUUAACAUUAGAACAUCUGAUGAAAGAAGGCAAUGUUAUUUCGGAUUCAAGAAACGGUGUUGAAGAGGUAGAGUUUACAGAGGAGACUGUUACCGAUUUUGAGUCCAGACUUUCUGAGGUGAUUGAACUUUAUCAGCAGCGAAUUCAGUGGCUGUUGAAGGACAGCAGAAAGGUGUUUGGCCUUGUAAAAGGUACCAAAGUUGGACUUGUGGUUGAUGUGUCUGAUAUGAACUACAAACCUCGACUACUGGAUUUUCAGAAAGACCUUUUGUGUUUAAUAGAUGAACAGCUGUGUUAUAAGAAGCAAUUGUAUUGCCUCUCAUUUGGUACAGAAAUUUCACCUCUGUGGGAGAGUCCAAAAACCAUCAAUGUUCAUGUGCUACAUGAAGCAAGACAGUGGGUACAGCAGCUGGCCCCUGGUGGAGGCUGCAAUUUACUGAAAGCCUUAAAACAUGUCUUUACAAUGAAAAAGCUGAAUUCUCUGGUUAUUAUUGUAGGAAGCUGCACUGAUCAGCCUUUGGAAAUACUGGCUGACUAUGCUCAGCAAUGUAUGCUGGGGAGAAAACUUCUGGCUCAUGUUGUUAUAUAUGAUUGCAGCAGUCCUGCUGCUCUCGCAGUUCUAAAGAACCUUGCAGAACUUGUAAGAGUCCGUUAUCAUUGCUACUCUUCAAAGGGGGAGAUUUCUGAUAGUAGUGAUCUUUAUCUGCUACUUCAAGAAUGCCAGAAGGCUAAGGAUCUGCUCAAGAGUAUCAAACAAAAUUUUCAAAGGCGAAUUGGUGGCUCACUUACCAGUAGAAUAGCAGAUGUUUCCACAGAAUUUGCAAAUACAGCAACUUCCAGCUUCCUACCAAAGCCUCCAAAGCAUGAAGGACCAUUAGUUAUUCAAACACCAUGCUUCCUGGCCAAAACUUCAACAGACUGGUUAAAGACAAAUGGAUUGAAAGCUAAGAAGUUAAACCUUUAUCAAGUUUUGGCUCCCAAUGCUUUCUCUCCUGUGGAAGAAUUUGUACCAAUUCUUCAAAAAACAGUAUCAUCAACUCUGCAUGAGAAAGUGAUGAUGCAGUUUGAAUGGCAUGAUGGAACUAUGAAAAAUAUCCAUGUUGACCUGCCAGUAUUAUACAACUAUCAGAAACUCCUUGCCAAAAUGGUAAGAAUCUAUGAAAAACAAAUCGACUGGCUGUCCGUUGCUAGCAGAAGAAUAUGGGGAAAUGUUUAUGAAAAGAGGGUGGUUAUACUUGUUGAUAUAUCAGCGACAAACUCUAUGUACAUCAUCCAUAUCCAACAUUAUUUGCGACUUUUACUUGAGGAACAAAUGUCAGAUAAGGAUUACUUCAAUAUUAUAGCAUUUGGGAGUGACAUUGUGCCUUGGCAGCUGGAACUAGUUCCUUCUCAACCAGAAAACUUACAAAAAGCUUGGAGGUGGGUGUUGAGCUUGCAAUGCAGAGGGAGUAGAAAUUUCAUGAGUGCUCUCAGGCAAGCUGUUGAAGUAGACUUCAAAUAUAAAGAUAAACACAAAUCACAAGGACUUUACCUCUUGACUACUGGAAUACCUGAUCAGGAAACACACUUAAUCAGUACCUAUGUGGCUGAGGCUUGCAGAGGUUUUGAUUUGCAGCUUCAUGUCUGUCUGUUCAGUGUAAUGGAAGAUGUUGACUCCAGUGGGAUUAUUCCAGCCCGCUAUGCUAACCCAACUGAAACUGCCAUCGCUUUUAAAGAAAUAGUACAUGCAGCCAAUGGGAGAUUUCAUUGGUUUGGAGAAGCAGGUAUUUUUGAAAGUGAUGAUAUCACUGUUAUUGUGUCUGAAAUUGAAAAAGCAAACAACUACUCCCAAAAGUGUGCAUUCUUAGUGGAAUCCUUAAAGCAACGUUCAGGAAAUCAGUCUGCUAACCCAUUUGUACCAGAAGCAAGCUCAAACAUGCUUGUGACAAAAGAGAAAAGAAAGCCACAGAAGCUGCUAUCUCCAAAACCCACAGCUCUGAGCCUGGCUAGAAUGUAUAUUAAAGAAAACCACAGUGCAAAGAAAUCUUCUUCCAUAAGAGUACUGGCAUGGCGUCCUACUAGUGCAAAAGCAGAAAUUCCACCAGUACAAACAAUAAAAAAAUGGCCUCAGACUGAGAAUAAAAGAAAAGAUAAAUCAAGGAAACAGACAGAGUGUUCUGUGUCAGUAUUCUAUACUGAUAAAGGAAGAAAUGUGGGUACAGUAUACCGAAAGUAUCCAAAGACAACGUGCACAAGAAAGAGCGUUCCCUCUGUUACAUUGCCAAAAAAAGAGGAAAUCUGUUCAAGCAAAGAGUGGCUGACUAAGUACAGUAUUAAAAAACUUAAACUGGAAUUGCCCAGACUGAUGUUUGGUCCAAGCUGUACUCACCGAAAGAAAAUUGUGGAGUCUCUGCACAAGAAAGUAUCAGCAAAAUACUGCACUAUCUUCCCUAGUGUAGAAGUCAAUGGGGUUGUGAAACAUCUGCAGGUUCAAUCUAAAGAACUGGAAAUCUACACUGAACAAAUGGAGAAGGUGUUGCAACGCUAUCUACAAAGAAUACAGUGGCUUCUGUCAGGAAGCCGAAGAUUGUUUGGUACCAUUUUAGAAGCAAAUGUCUGUGUUUUAAUUGAUACGUCUGGUUCCAUGGACCCAUAUUUGCCACAUAUCACAAAAGAACUUGCAUCCCUUAUCUGGGAACAGCUAAGAAAAAAUGAAGUCAGGUUUAACCUGCUGAGAUUUUCAGAAAAUACAGAGAGCUGGAGGGAGUAUCUUGUAGAGGCUACUGAUAAAACAUGUCAUGAUGCUGUGCAGUGGGUGUCCAAAUUCCACGCUCAUGGUAAUACAUGUAUCCUUAUGGCUUUACAGAAAGCUCUCAGUUUCCAAGACAUAGAGGCACUGUAUGUAUUGACUGAUGGAAAACCAGAUACCAGUUGCAGUCUGAUUUUGAAAGAAAUUGAAAGUUUGAGAAAGAAACAAGAUAUUAAAAUUCACACCAUUUCAUUUAGCUGUGCGGACAGAGAAGCUAAUGAAUUUCUGAAGAAGCUUGCGUCCCAAACAGGAGGGCGCUACCACUGCAGUUUUGGAGAUGUGGAUGGCCAACUAGCAGCACACCGAAUGUUGAUGGAGGGGUUUGAUGAUGAAGAUGAUCCAGUUUUCCCUUACUUUGAAGGAGAUGAUUUAAAGAAACUUACUGAAGAAGUAGCAAAAGCUAGAAGUUUUUUAAAGCAGGCAAAAUCUUUGAGGUUAUUACUAGAAAAUUGGAAUAUGAACCGAAAGGACAAUUCUGUCUUUAAAAAAAGUGCUCAGGUAAACAGUCACCACAAUAGAUCAUAUCUUACAUAUAGUUGAAGUAUUCCAAUAGAAGGAUAACAUUUUGUAAACUUAAUGCAAAGUGUAUUAAGUUGCAGGUGUGACACUUCCAAACCUAAAAACAUUGUAAUGAUUUUGGUGCUUAACUGAAAUAGUUCCACAGUAUAACCUAAUACACAAAGAACACUUCAAAAAGAAGUAUGUUGUUUGGGGUGAGCGAAGCUAGGCAGAUGUGUAUUUAUUAUUAAUGGUUUAGUUUCUUCUAAGAAUAAGCAGCUAAGCACGUAACAGGGAGAGUUAGGACCAGAUAUAAUGGCUGUAAUACGAAGUGCUACAUGGGCUGCAUGUUUUAUCAGCUAAAUGAGCAAGAGUGAUCGGAAAAAGACCACAUUAAUAGUAAAGACAACCUCAACAAAUACAGAACUAUUAUUACAAGAUUGUGGGAGAGGCAGCUGGACAAACCAAACCACUCACAGAGCCAACCCGCUACUUCUAAAUUAGCAAAUUAAAAAAACAGGAAAAGAGAAAUUGCUGGUUGUGAAUGCAACAGUGCUUUCUCAGGGUUAAACAAGAAAAGUAAGAGCUGACAGAAGCAUUUGUCACAGAGCUGUUUGAGGGGAAAAAUGGACAGGCAAACAACUAUAGAGAGAGUUGUAGUAAAAACCUCAGGCUUGACGACAUGUUCAUCAAGGAUUGGGUGAGGCAGAGGCUAGUGUCCCACAGCUAUCAUUUGUCUUUUAGUCUUCUGAGGUAAACUACUGAUUGUAAAGUGUAUAGGAAGCCAUUCCUCUUAAUGUACUUCAGAAACUGCAUAAUAUUGUAGAACAAUUAAACACAUAAAUAAGGAAGAUUUAAAGUUACUCAAGUUAAUUUAUAUUGUAUUUCCAGUACCGUUUUUUUCAGUUGUGAUGGUGAGCUUAUGUGAUUCAUGCAUUUUGAUUUUGUAUUUUAAAAAUUAUUCAUGUUCUUGACCUGUAGGAUUAAAUUUUAUACCAACAAAGGAUGCUGAAUAUGAUUGGAGUGGUACCACUAGCCUGCUUCUCUUUAAUUGUAUGCAUAAAGCUUCCAGCCUCAAGCAGAAGGAGGAAAGAUGUACUCUUUGUUGUCUCUAAACUUCUGGCAGAGAAGAGAUUACAGAUGAUAAGUGAUACUAAUUUACUUCACUUGCAGGUUUUGCAGGACUUGAAGUAAACCAAAGUCUAGUCAAAAGCAAAGGAUAGUUUCCAAUGUGGUUAAUACAAAUUUUAGAAAACACAGUGAAUUUAUAUGUAGUAGUUAUACAGGGAUCACAACUCUUGUGUCUCCUCAGGCUGGGAAAAAAUAUUUUACUGCAUCAUCCUUGUAAUUGCUUCAAUCAGUUGGUGGUUAUGUCAAAGAUGUCUUUUUUGGCAGUUUUUUUGAGACUUGUUGGAUGGUGCUCUUAUACCUAACAGAUGUGACAGAUGGUUAUGAUACUAGAAAGAGAAUUCUUUACUCCAAUUUUGAAUAGGAAGUCCAAGAAAUAACUUUAGUGUAGAAAACAAAGCUUGGUACAAAUGUUUUUGCCAAAAGAAGUUUGCUAAUGGGUAUAUCUACUUUUUUCAUUUUAUGUUGGCAGUAGAGAAGGAAUUAAAGUGGAUGAUUCAGAAAUCUUCAGACAUGCGAACAAGAAAUAUCUUGAUAUUCUUAAAGCAUGGUUAUGUUUGUAUAACCAGACACUGCCCAUCUUCUAAGUAAUUCUAUUAAAUUCUUACAUGUUUCCUGUCAUAGAAAGAUUAAAAAUUUUUCCAGUACCAUUACAAGAAAAUCAAAUUUAAGAUAACUACAGUAUUCACAUUUUUUUUCCCAAUUUAUUUAUGAAAUAUACAUUUUUGUAAUGAGGAAUUCAGUGAUGACACUUCAUUAGCAUUUUGUAGGUGUUUACUGUUGUCCUCAGAGGGCUAGGAAUUCAUCUCAGGUUUUCAUAUAUGUAAUAUUUAAUGAAAAAUAAUCCAGUAUGCAAAAUACAGAUACAUGGUCUGAAUUUAUUCAGGAGCUAUUCACAUGUCCUCAGUGCCAGCUGAUGGGAAUGACUUAAUACGGGAGAUACUCUCUUUUCUUUUCCUUUAUCUGUUUUGUCUCCGUAAAGAAUUAAAACUUAUUUUUAUCAUAAAAGUCUCUUUUUAGCCUUGUAUGCUCCGCACCUCCUGCUUUCUGCCUUCCUUGCUAGUACCAACCUACUGUGGAAUACUGCAGUUAUCAAGGUGCCUUAUGCUAAGUAUCACUGUCUGUGAUUUUUAUUAGUAUAUUUUAUAUGCGUUGGUAUGUGUGUAACUACUAGGAUGCUUUGAUAUGAAAAUCUUGGUUGUAAAUCAAUAGGACUGAUUACAUUUUUAUUGAAUGUAUGUAAAUGUUAGAUGAUGAUUAAUGACAAAAGGUAUGGAAAGAUGCUUAUUUAUUCCUUGGAGGAUUCAAAAAUGUCACAAUGCUGUAGCAUAUAUUCUGAUAUCAUUACAGAGAGCUUUAAAAGGUAAUACACUUGUGCAGGUAUGUUAAGUGAUAUCAUAGACUCUCUAUGAAGUAAGAUAGUAAUGCAUAUGACAAAUUUUGCAAAUGUGGGUAAGAAUCAGAGCAUUUCCUUGUGUUGUGUUAGAUUGCAGUCUGGCACACCUCUCAUUCACAUCCUUUUUUCUGUAUGGUAUUUGUUAAUUUUUGUAGAUUUUACUCAUUCAAAACAAUGAGGUUUAAACAGUAUCUCAUAGACUGAUCAUCAAUGGAUCUAUGUAAUCUUCAGUUCAGUACAACAUAUACUAAUACUCAUCUCAUCUCUUGUUUGUUUGCAGUAGUUUAGAUUAGUCAUUUGUUCAUAGCUCUGGUCUCUUGAGCAUACUCCCAUGUUCAGACAGUAGACUUAAAUACAUGUUAGGAAUUUGUGAGUUGUCGUCUUGCUGGUGGAGUGAGCUAAGGGUUCCUAAGCCUUCCGUUCAAGGAAAAUGCAACAUAAAAGUAAGGAACAAAUUCUUACAUUACAAUUGUUGUAACCACAGAAGGUCUAAAACUGUUGGAAGUUGCAGUAUUUAGCCAUUGCAUCCCAUCCAACUUCACUUCUUUUAAAAGUGUUUUCAGGCUGUGUAGCCUCUCUUUCCAUGCUUCUGAAGCCUUGUUGUCUUGCAGGUUGGUCAGUCCUGCUGCCUGCAGAGCAACUUCUUCCUUUAAAAUACAGUUUCUGUCACCAUCCUAUUACCUACCUGGAAACUCUAGUCCUACCUGCUCCCAUCAAUCUGAGGACUACUUAGUCAGGAAAACAUUUUAAGGAGGUGGGUCAGCAGUGACGACCACAUUAAUCAAGUGCUCUGUUAAUGGCUUUUCUAUGUUGGUCUGUCAUGUAGAUGUCAUUUGCUUUCCUGGUUCAUGCUUCCUGGAAUGCAAUUCACUGUAUUCAAACCAUAAUAAAAGACGAGUUUUAUAAUUGACAAAGCUGUGUAUUUUUCUGCCAGCUUGUUUGUAAGAAAUGUCUUUGCUGUGAAUCACUGAAUAUGUUGAUUUGCAUGUAAUGAAUUAAAGGCAAACAGCUAAACCAGUUGUUACCCUGAAGGAUGUGUUCAACUUCUUAUCAGAAGAUUUUUUGGCUUCGUAGCAAGAAUUGAUAACCUCUGUGUGAGUACAUAUGUUCUGUAUGAUGUUAGUAUGAACUGGUGGUUCAGGAACUCCUUUGUGUGUACUUCACCCAUACCUGCUUCAGGGGAAAACAGCUGACAGAAGAGGGGGAGAUGGCUUGGGACAGUAACAAGUUCAUCCAUCUAACUGUGCAGAGACAACCCCAGCAAGUUUAUGUGGCUUCUAUGGAAAAAAUCAGCAAUAAGUGUGUGUUGUGCUCUGCCCUAUGGAAGUCUGUCCAGUAAGAAUUUCUCCAUGUUUUGUAAGCAUGUUAUCUCUUAUUAGUGUUUCUCUAGAUUUGAAACCACAAAGUUCCAAGAUUUUAGGCACACAAAAGUGUUAGUACAACUUAGUAAUAAAAAUUUUUAUUCAAUCAUUUUAAUGCAUGUUGAGCAGUUAGAUAUAUGUAGGAUACAUUUCAUUCUGUCACACUUCAUUCCUCUGUGAUACAACCUCAAGCAGAUGCUUAUUAGAUAUUUGGUUUCUGAAUAGUUUUGAGAGAGAGAAUGGAAAAUCUAGUUUCAGAAACCUGCAAGCAUCAGAAAAUAUCCUAUUUUUUCACCUGUAUCUUUUAUAACAGAUAGAAUCUAGGGUUUAGGUAUCUAUACUGAAUGCAUUGAUGGAGCUACAGCACAAAGAAAUUGAUGAUCUCUGUCUUAUCAUAUGAGGCUUCAUCUUUUAGAAUCCUGAAUUCUACCAGAGUGUGAUAGGUAAAAUAGACAGAACUUGUAGACUAAAAGUUUACAUGAUUUCAGUGGUAGGGGCUUCCUCUGUCAUUGUUAGUCUGUCAUUGUUACAGUUAACAUGGCACCGAGGCUUUUUAAUUUGUAGUUCUUUCUUUAUUGAUUAAGCACCUGGUGUCUUUUAGAGGAUGUUUCCUUUUUCCUUUCCUACUUGGACAAUUCUGCAUAUUAUGUUACAAUUUCUGGGUUAAUAAUAACAAUAGAGGUAACUAUAAAAUUGUAAAUGAAACUUAGUAGAAAUUAUGACAAGAUUUAAAAAGAUAUCUGACUGUUGUUAUGCAAAAUAAAUCCUUCUCUUCCAUCUAUCUAAGCCACCUCCUGUGCCCUCGUAACUCCUGCAGUGUUUUUAUGGGUAUGAAAACAUAUGUAAGAGUAAUAAUGAUCUGUACUUCUCUUUUCCAGUGCAGUAACAGAAGAACUUUGAAUUAAAAGGAAACCUGCUAGGGUUUGUCUUCCAUAAUCUUUUUAAAAUCUGCAUGUGUUAAUAUAUAUAUAUAGCUCCUGCAUUUUUCAGUUUUCUCUGUGACUCCUAUAUGUAAGAAAGCAAACUCUAAUCCCUGCUCUCUACAAAGAAACAUGCGUUUAUUCAGUACAAUGCAGUGUUUUUAUUUAUGAUGCGUUUAUUUUUUAUUCCUUCCCUUUAAAUGUACAAACUGUCCUCACUUCUAAGAAACCUAAGAGCUGAUAAAGGGCAUACCCAUUACUAUUACAAGUUGCUUUGUUUCUUCCUGUAAUACACCCUACCUUGGCAAUGCAGCCUCUCAGUUACCAUUUCAUUUGGCCUAUAAAUCACUCUGCAGCAUGCAAAGCAACCACAAAUGCAGAGUAAAUGAGAGCCUGACUUGACAAGUAUUUUAUAUGGCACAUUCCAAGGCUGUGCUUUGUAGUAUUCAUGUGUGCUCUAUUCCUUCCAAGAGGAAAUGAUGAAAUACAUAGAAUCGUAAAACAAAUAAAUACAUAAAGAUCAGAAAAAAGGAAGGGAUGGAGUGAGAAUAUUUAUUUUUUCUAAUGAAGAUCUAAGGGAUUUUAAAAGAAUCUGAGUUCUCAGCUUUGCAGGUUGCUGUCUGAUUAAUAUAAUAGAAAACCCUGAUUUUUUAGACUUUGAGAAAGCUGUUUAAAGUAUUUGAUAUGCUUGUUUCUAGAAAUACUGUAUCUGAUGAUAUUAAAAAGAAAAACCCAUUAACAGAUGGCAGAAAGUUAAAAAAAAUAGCAUAGUAUCACUUUAAACAAUAUAUGUCCAUAACUAUUCUGUUAUUCAGAAAUAUGUAAUUGCAUUGUUUUUAUACAGAGAAAAGUCUUUUUGAAAGGCAAACUAUUGAAAAGCAACGUGAUGAAUGCUUAAUGUCUUUUUGCCUAUCAAAAAAUCAGAAGGAACUUAACUGCCCGAAGGAUCUUAACUUAGUCUAGCAUACCAUUGUUCUUUUGCUGUGUUAGGUAUAGAAAACACACCUUUUGUGUAAUAAUGGGAAUAAGAAUGUGCAUCUUCUCUCUCCUGGCAUGAAACUGCAACCUGACCAUAGCCCAGCCACCAGCUACAAAGGAGCAGGAACAACAAAAGGAACUGAGCACACGUGAACAU